AUAAAGCGGGCACAGCUGCACCGACUGGGGUCCCUUUGUGUGAGUGUGUAUGUGCAGGCGACACAGUUCGAGUCCCCCUCUUUGUAUUUGAGAGAGUAGCAUUAGUGUGUGAUGCUCCUGCGGCGCUGAGAGAAAACCGGUCGGAGGAGGUGAACGGGUUCGGUACUCGGUUGGAGGAGCUGGUGUGACGUAGCGGUGCGCACCCACAUAGACACACACUCAGACACACACACAGGCUGCCGCUGCUGCGCCUGCCAGGAUCUCAAUGUGGGGAAAUGACCGCGAGUGACCUCAGAGGAAACACUGGAUUUUAGCGCCGCUUGGUUUCUUAUUGUAUUUCACACAAUUGAACAAUAAUGUGUGUUAGGUUUUAGCUCGACGUCUUCCGGUCAACAGCAACGUUUCAUCCCGGGAGCGAUUUGCGGUGUCUCGGUUAGCUGUGCUAAUAUCAGCUAAGCUAAGCUAAGCUAACAGCGUCCUCACCCCCUCCCACCCCAGCUUGUCACUGCCAGCGGCGGGGAUUCGACGGUUCGUCUCCCGCAGAUGCUAAGCUAAGCUAGGCGAAAGACUAGGAGCUGCCGCCAUGGAUAAAGCGAAGUCAAUGAUGGACAAGAAGGGAGCGUCGGGACCUUUUCAUGUCAACAACGGGCAGAGCCAGCGGGGGUGCAAUGGCCACGUCGCUGUGGCGGCGAACGGCGGCUGCUGCAGCGGCGCUGGGUUCGGCUCGAGCCCCGGACACAGCAGCAGCAGCAGCAGCAGCGGAGGAGGAGGCGGCGGCGGCGGCUGCAGCUCGUUUGACAGCAUGCACCACCUGCACCGCGGCGAGGAACCGGAGUGCAACGGCUCCCCGGCCAAGAGGUGCAGGCUGCGGCGGAGGACUGAGUCGGUGAGACGGAACAGACCCCCCUUCCCCUGGUUCGGUAUGGACAUCGGUGGCACCCUGGUGAAGUUGGUGUACUUUGAGCCGGUCGAUAUCACUGCAGAGGAAGAACAGGAAGAAGUGGAAAACCUGAAGUCCAUCCGCCGCUACCUCACCUCAAACGUGGCCUAUGGUAAAACGGGGGUCCGUGACGUCCACCUGGAGUUGAGGAACCUGACCAUGUGCGGCAGGACGGGGAACCUGCACUUCAUUCGCUUCCCUACACAGGCCAUGCCCCGUUUCAUCCAGAUGGGACGUGACAAGAACUUCUCCAGCCUGCACACGACACUCUGCGCCACCGGAGGCGGGGCCUACAAGUUCGAGAACGACUUCAGAACGAUGGCCGACCUGGAGCUGCUGAAGCUAGACGAGCUGGACUGCCUGAUUCGUGGACUGCUGUACGUCGACCGGGUGGGCUUCAACGGACACCCCGAGGGCUACUACUUCCAGAACCCGUCAGACACCCAGAGCUGCGUGAAGAAGACCUGCACCCUGGAUAACCCCUUCCCCAUGCUGCUGGUCAACAUCGGCUCCGGGGUCUCCAUCAUGGCCGUGCACUCGCCGAGCGACUACAAACGGGUGACUGGGACCAGUCUGGGAGGUGGAACAUUCCUGGGCCUCUGCUGCCUGCUGACGGGAUGCGAGACGUUCGAGGAGGCGUUGGAAAUGGCCGAAAAGGGCGACUCCACCAACGUGGACAAGCUGGUGAAAGACAUCUACGGAGGAGACUACGAGCGCUUUGGCCUGCAGGGCUCUGCUGUCGCAUCCAGUUUUGGUCACAUGAUGAGCAAAGACAAGCGAGACAGCAUUUCUAAGGAAGACUUGGCCAGAGCCACGCUGGUCACCAUCACUAAUAAUAUAGGAUCCAUUGCACGGAUGUGUGCUGUCAAUGAGAAAAUCGAGCGAGUUGUGUUCGUUGGGAACUUCCUUCGCAUCAACACGGUCUCCACAAAGCUUCUGGCCUACGCCAUGGACUUCUGGUCCAAAGGACAACUACGAGCCCUCUUCCUGGAACAUGAGGGUUACUUCGGGGCCGUGGGUGCACUGAUGGAGCUGCACAAGACAACAGAAGACCCUUAAAGGCCGCUGCGUGACAUCAUCGUCCCUCGACAGGACGAUGUCUCCACCUCUGGAUGAUGUGACGUCGUCCACUUUUGACGCUGCUGAAAGGUCCCGUUCUCAGAGGCCACUAAAGGAACACUGAGCGGGGGACACAGAAACUGAAAAAAGCCAUUUUAAUAAUUUAACAUGUGUAAAUAGUGAUAACCUCUAACGUGAAUCUUCUUAAUUUCCCAAAUAGAGUCGGCCUAUCGUAGAGGUUUUAAUAUUGUGAUCUUUAAUUUAUGGUUUCCUGUAAUUUUCUGCUGCUCUGUGGAUUCCUGUCGGGAGACACGGAGUGUUUCAGUGAUCUUUGUUACGCUGUGUGUGUCUGUGUGCAUGUGCGUGUGAGUGUGUGAGAAAACCUACUGUAGCAUUAAGUCCUGGAGGCUGUGGUGUCCCUGUCGACUAUUUGUGCAACAAGAUACUAUGUCAACACAGAAAUGAAGUUGCUCUCUAAUGAGUGACUGAGCAUGUUUAACCCCCAGAGACUCACAGCAGCAUCACGUCGCCUCCGGCCGUCACCUGUCGGCUCGCAGACGGACAGAAAUAGACAAACGUUUCGGACAUUUUGGCAUUAGCUGAGGCUCGGGAGGCAUUUUGUUGUUGCACAAAAAGUGGCCCAGGACACCUCAGUCUUUUUAGGGAAGUGCACUGAAGCCAAAUCCUAUUGAGAUUCGUUCAACGCCUGCCUCCUACACAGAGGAGGCAGAUAAACAGUCUUUAUUCUCUCUGUGUUGUUCCACUACAAAUGGCCUUUUUGUUUUUUUUGUCCAUCUCUCCUCCAUCUACCUUCAGCUCAUCAUUAACACGUUCACGCCUCACCUGCUGAGUUCAGUGUUACCCAGCGGGACCAAGACAUUGUCUUCCAGUAGUUUGUGCUACAGCCGGGUCGUAGAAGUGUCUUCUCGCCAGUCGGUCUCAGCGACCCCUGUUUGUGUUUGAAACACUGUGGGAUUUAGUUUCUCUCUGUUGGGAAUCGUCUUUUCUUUUCCUCUUCGCCUCGUCAGUGUCCAGCUCGAGGACACUUCAGCCGCUCGUUGGCCUGAUUCCUCGUCCUGUAGCUCCUCUAGCUUCCUGCUGCCUUGUUUGGGUGAAGCAUUGUGAUGCGACGAGGCUCUCGGGCUGAGCCAGUGUGAUGCUAACGCGCCAUGUGAAACCGGGCAUUUAUAAAAAGCUCUUGACGCAUAUGCAGAAGAAUGCCGUCACCUGCUGGGAGACAAUAGGGACCAGGAUGCUUGACGGCCUGUGUCGUCCCUCCUGCAAAAUACACAGAUGCAAAUUUGCCAGCAACACAAUCCGCUCAUUUACUGUUUGUGUAAAUUUGCUGAUUGGCGGUUUGUCGUCAUCGUGCUGCUGCUUAGACGACAUCUAGAGAAACAGUGGGGAAGAACUGUAACCCUACACUUACAGGAGACUGAAAACUGAUCUGCAAACAUUAUGUGAAGUUGCAAUUUUACAUUACAUGCACAUACUAAAGUCUGACAGCUGAAAAGACGCUGCUGCUUCACCCGUGAGCUCACGAGACGCUGGCAGUGAAGCAUGUUGAAUUCAUUGAGAUGAUAACUGGACCACGAGUGUUGCGCUCUACCCCCCCCCCCCCCCCACACACACACACCUCCUUCACCCUGAGCCUCCACAACAGCCUCUAAUCUCUGUUCGCUGUAAAGAACUGGACCCCGCAGCCUGUUGUGUGUAUUUAUUACCUCCGUCUUCUUGCCUUUUACUUUCCACGGAUCCCUUCAGAUCCUCACUGCUGACACGCUUUGCUUUGUGGCUCUUCUCUGUGUCUCUGAGCCGAGGUGCUACAGCCCAGCACUGGAAUAAUGAAGGGGAAGCCCUGACUAGCAGGCUGAGCGUUGUGCAGGUACUCUGAAUCGACCGACUGCGGUUUUCUCUGAUUAAUGACGUGAGUGAGGUUUUAUCCAAUGCAACUCACCAUAUGUAACAUUUUAAAAAGUUAAGCUGGAGAAUUUCUUUAUACUUGCGAAUGAAUAAUGGAAUAAUCACUCUUAGCAGAGAGCGCCCUCUGUAGUUUAAUAUACUGAGAGUCGUUUCUUCCCCUGUGGUUACAUUAAGUCUCUUGGCUUAUUAAAUGCCAACGCUCACGCAGGUAAAUCUGCGGUUUGAUACCAUUUCAAGUAUUUAAUCCUCCGUGUGCUCCAUCGUGAUGCUGCAGAUAUUCUGUUCAGGUGCUUUCUCAUCUAUUUCUCUUAUCCUCAGACUUUGCCUUUUCUCCUCCAGCUCAUGUCUGGAUGAUGUGUCCGUGGCCUCGACCGGUCGGGCGCCGCUCGGCCGUCGGUUAUCUCGUGCCACCUUCUCUUUUAUUCUGAAAUCCCCGAUCUGUUGCCUUCGCCGUGUGUUUUAUCCCACGUUCGUGCCCUUCGGUUUCCUGUGUGGUUUCUCAACUUUACCUCAAUGUGUUGUUCUUUUAUGUUCAGCUUUCACUCUUUGCUUUCUGUCUUCUUCUUUUUUUGUGUUUUGCCAUAAUACUGUAACAGAGGAUUCAGUGCAGUUAACACACAUUAACAGUUUGAAGCCCAGUGUUUUGGUUUUCACGGUUCUCCUGCUUCAACGUGUUUCCUCUCAAAUCUGAGACGAGAACUUUUCAAUGGUUUUGGCAACAGUUUGAUUUGGGAACAAUUUUUUUUUUUUUUUUCAAUUUUGAUCCUGCUUUUGACAAGCAAUGUGAGUGAAUGUGCUUUUCAUGUCAUUUGAAAAUACUGUUGUGGUGAAUUUAUUUUAUUUUCUCUGUUGGCACAAAAAGAACCAGUGUGAUUGUUGAAAUGUAAAACCCUGCUGUGAUGUGCAGCACUUAUAGAAGUGGAACCUUUUAAAAACACACAUCAUCACUGUCCUGCAGAAGCUUUUUAAAAACGCGUGGUUUCAACAUUUAUUCUGGGCUUUUCACUAUUUAGCUCAGACCUGAGGUCAGUGCAAUCUGUUAUUGGAAAUAGAUAAAGGAAGACAAACAGGAAACAUUUAAAUAUGAUAAACAAAGUCUGCAGAAUAUUGAUGACCUGUGUUUUAAAGUUGUUUUUUCAUGUUGUUUUUAAAGUUCUCCUGUGUUUAGUGAUGGUGAAAUUACAAGUUCUAACAUCAUUACACUAAUUUGAAACAGUAAUAUCAUUGCUUCAGAUACUUUACUAUUCUUGAACCUAAUAUUGUUCUAAUCUAUCGCUGCAGCUUCUUUGUUUCAAUCUGCAAAAGAACUAAAGGAUUUUAAGACUGAGCGUUGGGGCCUAUUGAAGAAAGUAAAUCAGAGAUUUCCGGAAUAAAAUAAUAUUGCGAGAAUAAAGAAAAUGCAGAACCCGUGAUGCCAGAGUUCCUGGAUCCAAAAUCUUUAAUCUAAACAACCUUAGAAAUCCCUUUUGAAUAAGAUUUAUAGAUUAAAGUCCAAAAAGUUUGUGGCCCGAAUGCUCAGUCCUAGAAUUUAAAACCUUUACAUAAACUGUGUGAAUGUUCAGUCGAAGCAGUAUCACAUCUCUAAAGUGUUUGAAACGUUCUCUACAGCACAGAUCCACUGAGAAGUCGAUCAUCACUUUUAAAGCAAUGAUUUCUUUCCCGUUAUCCCGAGUGAGGAUGUUGUUUGUUUUUAAAACCUGAUAGUUGACGUGAGGGUUUGAACCUCCGCGACCUGUUGUCGGGUUCACGUCCCAGAUCAGUGUGAAUUUCUUUGGUUUAAAGUACCCGCUGAAUAACAAAGCUAACUUCAUCCAUAGUGGGAUCUAACUAAAAGGCUAUGCAGCAGCACGUGUGUCCCCUUUAACUAACUCAUCUCUGAACCGUCACAGUUAAUUUGACCCGUUUGUUAAUAUGUGUUUUUUAAAAACAUAUGCAACCCUGUUAGUUCCCUCCGGUUGGAGUCUGGACGGAGAGUUUGUGUCCUGCUGAUUGAGUCGUUAACUCUAUUUAAUGUGGAUGUUUGCAACAGGGUGUGGUCGACUGUUGUUUCAGUGCGAGCGCCGCGAUGGAGAGAAGUUUUGUUUUUUUGAAUGUUUCAUGACGGACCUCCGCCUUUUUCCAAACUGUGUGUAAAAGUGGUAGUUGGUAUAUUCUGGUGUUUUAUCUUCUCAUAGAGUUACUUCAGGGUAGAUAGAGAAAAGUAAACGCCUUGUUGUUUUCCAACCUUGUCACACUGGUGUCAGUCAGUGUUCCUUGUGACCUGUUCCUCGUCUUAUAUUGUUUCACCCCCCCCCCCCCCCCCCUUAACUAAAUCCUUUUCCGGAGGUCGAACAUCCUGUUGCAUGAACACAUCCACUCUUUAAACUCUCCUCUUGAAUGCUUGACUGGCAGGGGGAAAAAAAAAAACUGUUUCAACCCUUGUGUAUUUAAUUGUACAGAGAUUUUUUUUGUAAAUAGUAUUAAUAUGAUAUAUUCUACACCAGCAAUCUGUCUGUUGAUGAAGUGGAUUCAGCGGGUCAGGGCCUCAGAGCAGACAGAACACGACGCAUCGAGACAAACCAACUUCUCUCUGCAGCUUUAUCACACUCAUCAGAAUCUUUACCAGAGCUGCGGUGAUUGGUUGUUAGAAGAAUACGUGAAGAAAUGUGUGUUGAUUUCCUCUUGGUAGAUGGUUGAUGGGAUUUUUGUUUAGGAAUAGAUAUAUUUCAACAUGUUUUUGUGAUUGUCUAAAGUUCUGCAGACUGUCUGAUAGGAAAACUUUACAUUUAUUGUCACUUUAAUAUAUUUUAAAUGCGUUGGAAAUUCUGAACUGUGAUUGACAACUGAAAUAAAAGUCUUUUUAGGAGGAGUGUUGGUUAAAUUGGACAUUUCCUCUACAAUUUGUUGUGUUUUAUGUUUAACGUGAGAACACCGCGGUCCUGAUGCCCGUUUUCUGUCUGCUGGAGUUCGACGCCGGUUCCUCACCUCGGCUUCUCCGUGAUCUGGAUCCGAGUGUGAACCUUCGAGGAUCCCACUGCUGGUUGUUGGCAUCAGUUCUGCUGCUGCUUUUAACUCUGGUUUGGAAAAUAAAGAAAGGAAGAAAGGGUUUUAAAAAAAAAAGAAAAGACGAUUAACAAAAGGCUCCCUGCCUUGUGCAAUGUGUAUGUACUGAAGUGGAGAGAUUUCUUUUUCUUUUUCUAAAAAUGAAUUAAACUAAAACUGGAUGAGAUAA